CGUGGAGACACACGCAGGCAGCCGCCUCACAUAGGCUUCAAUUUCAGGAACAGCGGGUGACAGUUUGUUUUUCAUUGUGGCAUUCUGUAGAGAUUCUGGAACCAGACUCUAGAUUUGUCUGUACAGUGAAUGAAAUUGUAAAGAACUGGACUAUGUAAAAAACAUGAGCAAAUACGAAAGCAGUUGCAACUUGACAGAAGUACACACUUGGCGAAGUCACUCCGUCAGAAAAACGCAAGGUUGUCAGGUGCAAGAUAUACAGCCCGAGGUUCGGUUCUGUGGCAAUAUUACAAUGAAAGGCUGGAGUCCUUUGCUAUAGGAGCAGUGGCAGAGAUCAUCCACAAGGUUACAGGGUUUCAGAGAUGGCUAACAAUCCACAAGAUACUCGGACAAAGAAGCCAAGCAGAUCAUGCUUUGGGGAUAUCAGAGCAUUUGUUGCCACUCUUUGCUUGAUUCUCAGUGCUAACAGCAUUGGCAAUGCUUACCUGAUCAGCAUGUUAAGUACCCUUGAAAAGAGAUUUAGUCUGAGGACAACAGAACUCGGUUUAAUUGCAAGUGGAUUUGAAAUUGGCAACCUUUUGGUGAUCCUUUUAGUAAGCUAUUUCGGAGGGAAAGGGCACAGACCCAGGCUUAUUGGCUGUGGUGGAAUUAUAAUGGCAUUGGGUUCACUUCUUUGUGCAUUACCUGAAUUUGUGAGUCAUCAGUACGACUACCAGAAAGUGAAAAUAUCAACCUCAAGGGACACUUGUUCUACUGGCAAGCCAUCGAUGGAGAAAGAAGAUGAAAUGGAGAGUUGUAUGGAAACACAGUCUUCAAACAUGAUGUACGUGCUGCUUGUAAUAGCUCAGGUUUUAAUAGGAGUUGGAGCAUCAUCAGUUCAACCAUUAGGUGUCUCCUACAUGGAUGAUCAUGUGAAGAAAAAGGAUUCUUCUCUUUACUUGGGGAUAAUACUCACCACCACACUGUUUGGUCCUCUCUUGGGUUUCCUUAUGGGUGCUAUAUUUACAAAGGUUUAUGUUGAUGCAAUUUUUAUCGACACAGAGAAACUGAACAUCAGUUCAGAAGACCCCCGAUGGAUGGGUGCCUGGUGGGCGGGCUUCCUGGUCUGCGCUGCUCUGCUGUUUUUCUCUUCUUUGUUCAUGUUUGGUUUCCCUCGAGUCAUGCCUUUAAAGAACUGUACAAAAAGCAAACUUUCCAAACUCCUGUUGCCAAGCAAAGCCAUCAAAGAACAAGGCAAACCUGUCACUGAGAACAACAGGCAGAAAGAGACAAGAAAGAGCCAAAUCUGCUGCCACCAUUUUGUAGCAAUACUGAGUGUAACCAAGCAGCUAUUCCAGAAUCCUGUGUUCACCUGCAUUGUAUUGGCUGCCUGUAUGGGACUUGCUGCAAUUGGUGGUAUGUCUGCUUUUUUGGGAAAGUACCUGGAAUCACAGUUUGGAUUAAAUACAUCUUCUGCUAAUCAGCUAAUAGGAGUGGCAGCUAUUCCCUGUGUGUGCCUUGGAAUGCUUCUAGGUGGCUACCUGGUGAAAAAGUGUAACCUGAGUCCUGUGGGGAUUGUCAAACUGGGAAUGACUGCCAAUGUGCUGUGCUCAGCUGCCUUUGUGUUCUUGCUGUUCCUGGGCUGUGAAACAGGUCCUGUUGCAGGGGUAACUGCUGACUACAUCAAUGGUACUGAAUGGAACUUUCCAAGGAAUCUCUCAGCGUGGUGCAAUGAAGGCUGUGGAUGCUCUUUUGAAACACUGAUCCCUAUUUGCGGUGCUGAUGGAAUCACCUAUUUAUCUCCCUGUUUUGCAGGAUGUACUGAUAAUAACCUUACGUCUUGUGCCUGCAUAAACACUGGGGUUGCAGUGAGUAAAGCAGCGAUUCCAGGACAGUGUCCCAGCUCUGGCUGUCAAGGCACCUUUCAUGUGUUUUUUGCUGUAUUCUGCGUUGGAUGCUUCAUUGGAUCCAUGGGACACACCCCAACGGUAGUUAUUCUCAUUAGGGCUGUUAAUCCACUGUUUAAGUCAUAUGCACUUGGGAUCCAGUUUUUAUUGCUCAGGGUACUUGUUUUUAUCCCGAUGCCUCUUGUCUUUGGUGCAGCGAUUGACUCAGCCUGUCUCGUCUGGUCUGAAUCCUGUGGGAAGCGCACAACGUGCUCUAUGUACAACAACGACACUUACAGAUACCUCUACUUCAGCGUCUCCGUGGGACUGAAGACUGCUGCCUUCAUCCUGAUGACAAUGACUUGGCACUGCAUUAAAAGCAAUCCCAAGAAACAUCUACAGGGAGACGAAGACAGCACUGAAAAACUGACACCCACAGAACUUUUUGCAUCUACUUUGACUUUAGAUACCGCGGGGACCACCAAAUCUGCCACUGCAAGGACUACAUUUAUUUAUCACUUAGGAGACAAUGAAAUGUGUGAGAACAUUGAGUCUGUCCUCUGAAUUGGUGCAACACUUCAUGAUUGUUACACUUCAACAAACAACAAAAAACAUCAGAUGUAACCAAAUCUUAACCCUUUAUUUGUAUUGGGACCAUAUGGUAACAGCCCAUUAUUGUAACCCUGUGAAAUGGUCUCAGCCAAUGCUUGGUGCUAUAUGUUAAAGUGUUAAAGAUUUGCUUGAUUCAGUACCGAUUGCUGGUGUCUGGGGUUUGGACAAAAUAAUGCCAUACGUUUGGCCUGUCAUGCACUCAAUUCCCUAUAUACACAAAUAUGAAAGAAUUGCGUUUUUAUUUUAAGACAUACUAUCUGGUACUGCACUUGGUUAAAGAAAGUUCUCAGUUUGCUUGCCUUAUUUUCAGGAAGUCUGCAACUGUAAGUUUCUAGGUCAUUUUACAUCAGCAUUGUCUUCAGGGUCAAAGCAUGUCAGUCAACAGGAGAAGCAUCUUGUUGGUUAAAGACAGGAACACAGGCAUUGAAGGAGUGGGGACAAUUUCACUCUCCAAGGAAGUGCAAGACUUGCAAAAAGUGAUUUCUUUAACCUAGUGUAGUACCAAAAUGUGUUUUAACACAAGAGUAGGUUUGCUGUAACGUGUUUUUUUCAAAACUGUGUAUUUCUAACUUGUAUAGCAAAAAGAGACAAGAUGAUAUCAAGAAUCCAUCAGGAACAUACAUGCACACAUUCUGUUUUUUCUCUAAGGUAAUGGUUGUAAAAUACAGUAUGUUACUUGCAAUGUUAUUUAUCAGUAAUAAAUACCAUCUAUACCUAAACUACAUGCCAAGCAUAACAUAGUAGAAAUAAUACCCUACAUUAUAUUUAUGUAUAGUAUAUACUGAUUUCUAAAACAGCACACACACACACACACACACACACACACACACACACACACACACACACACACACACACACACACACACACACAUUUAUGAGGCUGAAGAACUGUUUACUAACAUUUUGCUGUUAGUAUAUAAUUCCCUUAAAGAUCACUGGCACCUUGCAUCUCAUAUUGUUGGACAACACUCAUUGAAGCCUCUUAACAGCCAAAAACCUAUGUUAGUUUUACAUAUUUAAUACACACUAAAGUUAUUUAUAGUGUAUGUUUACUACAGGAAAGUACACGCAUGCACAUUCUGAAUGCAUGUCUGGACAAGUAAGAAUGCACAGCAUCGAUCUGGUUACGGUUAAUAGAUUAUGAAAUAGCAAUAUACUGAGCAUCAAAAGAAACUUAUCACAUAUUUGAGCUUCAAAAGAAACGUAUCACUUACAUUUGGAUAAAAUUCACUUGAUGCGAUCGAAAAAUGAUAAACUCUGUUUUAGAGCAGGUGCAGUGACAUUUUAUUGUGCUGAUUAACAAUUGACAUCACGAAGAUGCUGCAAAAUGAUAUGUCGAUCUUGGGCAGGUGUUGUGACUCUUGGUCUCCCAGUUUGUGGCCUGUCAUUGACAGAAUGUGUCUGGUUAUACCGUCUCACCAGGUUUGAAAUUGGUGGCUGUGAGCACCAAAGACGGCGAGCCACAGUACGCUGCCCUAGUCCAGCCUCCAACAUGCUGAUUGCAUGAAGGCGCUGCUCUCUUGACAGGCGUGGCAUAUUGUUUUUUUUUUUCUGUGAUUUUCUUUAUUGCUUUUAUUCAAGCUUCCUAUUCAACAGCUGAAAUCACUCCCUAUCCAGUGUCCAAUCAACUGUCUCACAAAUUAGGUGAUUAAGUGCAUAUGCUUCAGUCAUAGUCACUCAAGCUUGUCAUGGGCAAGGAUGAAUGAUUGAGUGAUUAAAAAGAAACCAAAAACAUUUCGUCAAUGUCCAUCAUUUAUAUACCUUAUUAUUU